AUGCCUUAUGGCAUCAGUGACCGAGGAAUAUUAGUUAGAUCGACAGAAGAUAUGACUGUGUAUGGUCUCAACCAAGAAAAAUACACAACUGAUGCUUUCUUAGCUCUUCCUACAUACAUACAGGGUCUACAAUAUGUUGUACCCUCAUACAGUCAACUAUCAUCAUCAUCCCAAAGCCUGAUUGGUAUAGUAGGCAUUCACAACAAUACACAAGUCACAAUUACGUUGGCUUCCUCUGCUAGCGAUGGUACUACAUCCCAUAAUGCCGGUGCUAAUGUUACAUACACAAUAAAUUGGAUGGAAACAUUGCAACUUCGAGGAUAUGACCUGACGGGAAGCCGUGUUUAUUCAGACAAAACAGUUACAGUGUUUGGAGGACAUGAAUGCGCAAAUAUACCUGUAGGCAAUGGCUAUUGUGAUCAUCUAGUGGAGCAGGUCCCUCCAAUUACAACACUUGGUAAACAUUUUGCCACAAUACCAUUAGCAACACGAACAGCAGGAGAUAGAUUUCGUGCAAUAGCAUCAAAAGAUGGCACCGACGUUACAAUUAAUGGGCAGUUGCAGGCAUCCAAUUUGCAAGCAGGACAAUUCCAAGAAUUCACAAUUUCUUCUACCACUUUCCUGUCAAUUGAAGCCACUCAACCAAUACUACUAAUGCAGUACUCACAAGGCUCAACUGUUGACAAUACAAAUUCUGACCCAUUCAUGUUGAUGAUCCCUCCAGUUGAACAAUACAGAUCAAGAUAUAUCAUCAGUACACCACCAGAUCAGCCAGUACCAUUCAGUAACUACUUGGCGAUCAUUGUAACAGAUGACAAAAAGGAUGGACUGAGACUUGAUGAUCAACCAUUACCUUCUUCUGUCGUGUGGAACAAUAUUCCUGGUCAGACACUUGCAGGAGCUAAUGUACCAAUAUCGAUAGGAUCGCACACCAUCCAUCAUGUGGAUAAGAGCAACUUUGGACUGAGUAUCUAUGGUUUUGAAGACGACGAUUCAUAUGGAUAUCCUGGAGGACUGCAACUGAAGGCACAGUGUGUUGUACAAACGCCUGAUCAAAUUACAGGUUUUUAUCACAUCAUUAUCUUAUUGUUUUCUCAUAACUGA